CUGCGCUUUGGCGGAAGUUGGGAAUCUCCGAAAGUGGCUUGCGACAAACGUAUGGCCCAGCAGAAAACAUUUGUUAUCGUAUUAUUAUUAUUAUAUUAUCAUAGAUUCACAGACACUUUAAAGACUUGAUAAGGUGAGUUUUGAUUUUUGGUCGCUUCCGGGUUUUUGCAGCCUCGCCGUCAUGACCAUAUCCUGAUCUGAUCCUGGGUUGAUAUGCGACACUGCUGUGGGUGUUGUCCUUCCCAUCAUACUCACGAUAUGGUGUACAUGGUGGUUGAGAAGCACACACCUGAUCUUCUCUAUCUGAAAAGAUCACCAGGGAUUAGAUCUUGGUCCCUGUUUGUUGCGAUUGUGUCAGUUGGCCUAGCAGCAGCGUACUACAGUUCAGAUAGUGCGUUAUGGAGACUGUUUUACAUAACAGGCUGCAUAUUUGUUGCCUUACAAAACAUGGAGGAGUGGGAAGAGGCAACAUUUGACAAACAGAAUGGUGUGAUUGAACUGAAAUCCUUCAGUCUGUAUGCAGUGAUACUCACACUGUGGAAAAAAGGCAAAGAAAAAGUGUUGUUGGAUUUGCGGCACUUGCGUGAUAUAAGUGUUCAAGAGGAGAAGGUGCGGUACCUGGGGACAGGUUAUGUACUGGUGCUUCGGAUGGCCACUGGAUUCUCGCACCCUCUCACUCAGAACGCUACUCUCAGUGGGCGCAGUGAUGUCGAGGCACUUUCUGCACUUCUGAAGCGCUUCUUGGAAAUUGAGGCUUUGCAGCAAAAUCUGACUCAGGAAGGCGAAGAUGAGGAUUGCGAUGAAGACGAUGAUGAAUUCGAACAGCUGGGGAUGGAUGGGGACGAUGAGAGCAGCGAGUCAAGUGAUCAACAAGAACAGCCAACUCAGUGACCUCUGACCCUAUGAACCUGAUCCUAUGUUUUUGACACUGAACUCUAAAUUGACCCUAAUUAACAAACCAACACUCAGUUUUAAGAAUGAGCAGCUACCUGAGAGAAUUUCCCAUUAGGUCAUUGCAUGAAUAUUAUAGAUGUCUUAAAGAAAUCCUUUUUGUCUACCUCAGUAAAGAUGCCUUAUCUAGAAUCUCUGGCAAUCUCUAAAUAGGUAGUGAGUAUGCUUAAGUAGUAAUAAUAAAAAAUUGCAUGAAGAAGACUACUGUGCAUAUGUUCAAAGCUGUCUGUCGCAAAUGAUUUCCAAAGCUUUGGUACAGAAAAAAGUGUGUUUUUUGUUUUGGAUGAUUUAGGAACUCAGUACUGCAUGAUUUUAAAUUUUGCCUUGCUACGCGGUCAUUAAUCAACCUUGAUGUAUACAGGUGCUAAAACUUAAAGGGCUUUAAAAAUCACUAGAAGUUAUUGUGUAUGUGAUUGCAUUGGACAUUAUUAACUCAAAAUAAUAAUUUUUUUCAAUCUGUGUAUAUUUAUUGUAAGAUAUUUUAGCUCAAUGUGAUCAUAUUAAAAACCCAUUUGAUGAA